GUUGAAAACAGAAAUGAAAACCAUGACGAAAACGACUCGAAAAUGUUACUCAGAGUACUAUAGGUGCCCUUUAUCGUACAUCCAAAGCCUAGAGGGACGGACGGAUCCGAUGUCACGCUCCGUAUAUGUAAUUGAUGGCUGAUUUGAAGAUGGCGUGUUUUGGUUCUUUCAACACCGCAUUGCCGUCUAUCAAAGUUUUGAAUCUUGAAUCUAAUCAACUCUUCAACUUGAUACCAAUGUCCACAGAGACGCAUUCGCUCCCUCCUCCGUCUAAUGAGCAGGCGUACAUGUACGUAUCCGCCCUCGAAGCUGGACACCUCAAUGUUCCUUUGAGCCUAAUGGCAGUCAAUCAAUCGGACGAUCCCAUAAGUUUUCCCUCCCUCGCAUUCUUCCUCCGUCAUUCGAAAAGCAAUAAACGGGUUGUUUUUGACCUAGGAAUACACAGAAACAUCAAAGAGUUUGCACCUGCUGCAAUACCAGUGGUGCCUGAUGUGAAACAGACUGCAGCAGAGUCUUUGGAUGCCGGUGGAGUUCCUCCUUCAUCAGUUGACCUGGUAGUCCUGAGUCACCUCCAUUGGGAUCACGUCGGAGACCCCUCCCCGUUUACGACUGCCGAAUUUAUCCUCGGGGAAGGAUCAAAGCAAGCUUUUUUGGAUCCCAGUUCCUGCCACAGUCCCAUAUCCUUUUCGUCCAUUCGUCCACCGGAAGACCGUCUACGCUUCCUUACAGCUUCUGACCUAAACGUGGCAAUCGGUCCCUACCCGCACGCAAUGGACAUUUUCGGUGAUGGCAGCUUGUAUAUCGUUGAUGCAUCUGGGCAUGCUGACGGGCAUAUCAACAUCCUUGCACGCACUUCCCAAGAUGGUGCUUGGAUCUUGCUAGGCGCAGAUUCAGCUCAUCACCCUGAUCUGAUCACUGGGAAGAUGCGAGUUGCGUGCAGUGUCGACGCGACAACGGGCGUGGUGACAUGUGCCCACCAGUACAAGGUAGUCGCGGAUGAAAACAUUCGCAGAAUGAGGUCGUUGUUGGAGAUACCCAGGGUGCAGGUUCUGGUAGCACAUGAUAUAGUAUGGUAUGAACAAAACAAGGGUAAAGAAGUCUUCUUACCCUACACAAUACCGCCACUCGUAUAUUGA